GAGUCGCGCGCGCGCAUUCGAUCGUGCCGGGCGGUUUUACGUUUGCGGCAGUUAUUGUCCGUAAAAAACAAAAAUGACAUCGUUAGUGAAGUGCAAUCAGUGCAAUAUCGUAAUAGACGAAAUGUUAUCUUACAUCCAAAAUAAAAUCUCAGUGAUAGACAGGGGCACCUUAAUUAAAAUAUGUGUGUCUGCGUUCACCACUGAAGAAAUAAAAACGUCAAAGGCGUUAUUAUUUGAAUCGUUACCAACGGAUAUACGAAAAAUAGUGCGUAAAAAUAAAGGACAGGAGCAGCGUGAUCUGGAAGAUAUUGUCAAUCUAAUAUUAAAAACGGAUCCUGAAGUUUUGCCGGUGUUUGUGGCCAGAAAUUUAGAAAAACUACCUCCAGUGACGUUUGACCAUAUAGAUGUCACGAAACUAAUAAAAGACCUUACGUUAUUUAAAUCGGAGCUCAAUGAAGUAAAGUCUAACUACGUUCGUAUACAACAGCUUGAGGAGGUACGUGCCGAGAUACUUAACAUGAAACAAACUUCGCUAAGCGGCUCAAUAUGCAAUGUAAAUUUAAAUAAGCGUGGUGCCGCCUUUUUAGAUAGUGGCCCUAUGGGCAUGUCGCAUUUUAAUGAUGCUUUGCUGGACAAUUCCAUCCAAGCCCCCAUUACAAAUUCUUUAUCAGCGUCACAUACUCGAAAUGAACUGGAACCAUCGGAGAGUUUUAUAGCUACCGUCGAACAAAAACAUGUUACGCGUAGUCCGCCCGGCUCACCGCUGUUAGCAACGGCCGGGAGUGACGUCAUCGUGACCGAGAUAGAAAACUGUCCGGCCGGCACAGCUGAUCGGCAGUGCAAUGCACCGGAGAUAACGCGCGAAAAUUAUUACGAAAAAACAGACUGA